UAAAUAAUAAAUUUAAUGAUGAAAUGUGAAUAUGAGUAAUCGAAAUCUUAUCGAUAGAUAUGAUUUUUUUGUUCACAUCACUCACAAUUUGCGGUUUGCCAUUUGCCGCACACGUGCUUAGAUUUUGUGAUAUUUUUACCAAAUUAUUUUACUUUGCAGCGUAAGCGGGACAUCGCAAAGAUCUCCUGUAAACAGAUAUUGUUUGAAUUCAUCCAAUCAUCACUGCAUUUAGGUUCCCGCCGUAGAUUUACAUGGCAAUGGUGUCCGAAGCGAAGGCGAAUGGUGGUGAGAUGGAGGCGACCAAUGAGUUGCCCCCAGCACUUGCUGAAAAGCCCGCGGGCUUGCCCCCUGGCAAGUACGCGCUCGUCGGAUGGGACAUGGAUACCACUGGGCGUAGACUAAUUGACGAGAUAUGCCAAAUAGCAGCGUAUACUCCGAAACAGUCAUACUCUCAGUACAUUAUGCCUUAUGGGGACCUGAACCCAGGAGCUCGCCGCCGUCACAAUGUCCGCGUCGUCACUGUCGGACGAUACCGCAUGCUCAAAGACACUAAUACUCAUAAGAUAUUGAAAACAAAGUCUGAGAUAUCCGCCUUAACUGAUUUCCUGGACUGGUUGGAGAAAGAGAAGGGAGAUGGCAGUGUGAUCCUUAUUUACCACGAGCCUCGUCGCCUUAGCCCUACCAUGCUUUUGGAAGCCCUUACUAGGUACAAGCUUUUGGACCGCUUCAAAUCUAUAGUAGCCGGGUUUGCGGAUAGCUACGCGCUGGCCGCAGACAAAUGCAAAGCGACGGUGAAGUCUGUGUCGCUGCGUGUUUUGGCGCGAGUUUUACUCGACGCUGACUCACUCGCUGUCGAUAGCGCGCUGGAACGUGCUACAGCAGCGUAUAGAAUUGUUGAACAUCUUGCACAGGGUGAACAACAAGAAGUAGGUGCAGGAGGCGAAGGUGUCUCAGCCAGUAAGGACAUGGUAGAAACCGCGCGUGCUUGGGCACGUCCCGUACACACCGAGCUUGAUGCACUCGCCAGCCUUAAGAAGUUGCUCGAGAGACAGAACACGUUCCGGCCAGUAUUCGCUCCACUCCUCCGGUCAGCUCGACCGGAACGCAAACGAGUGACACAGCUGCGCCGCAUACUGGCCGACGCUGGCCUGCUCUACGACCAGCUUAAAGAGGCCUGGCAAGAACAGAAGCUUGAUGGAUUGGAGAAGCAGAUGUCAUCCCUAUCUCUGUCUGCAAAGGAGGAAGAUAUAAAAGAACUGAUUGAGAUAUUUGACUGCCACUUCGACCCCGCUAAGGAGCCGAAGGGACCUAAACCAAGGAUUCCAAGGAAUAAAAAUAGGGCCACAUCGUCAGCCGGCGAGACUGGUGAGGCAGAGGGCAGCACCAGUGAGUCGCAGAACAGCUCGCCACACAAUUCACCUAACAAGACUAACAAUGAUGUGGCGGCGGGAGAUUCUAGUCAAAAAGUGCCGGCGCCUGAACCGGUGGCGGCCAACUAAGGCGUACAUCUUCACAAUUAAAGCUUAGACUUUUCUACCAUAGCUGUCGUUAAGUGUCGUAAGCCGCUCUCGGAUUAGCGACGACAAAGAACUAAACGUUCUUUUCAAUAUUUUACACUAACAGGCCUUGUUUCAAAGCUGCAUACACCGUAGAUAUAGAUCGAUAUUAUAACUUACGUGCUUGUAGAUUGUCAUAAUCGGUGUACUUAUCAGUAAUCUUAAAUGUUGUAUUGAAGAAUGCAAUCUAUGUCCUUGAUAUCAAGUGUUGUCAUAUAGUUCAAUAGUCUGAUGUCAGCUUUGUUACGUGGCCUCUUUAUAAUCGCGGAAACCAAUAUGAAAUGUAUAACACCGUCUGUAAGACUAUUUCUCGUAGCAUUUUAAUGCUCAUACUCUAAUCCGUGAUAUUUGUAUGGAUGUUUGCAAUAUAAAAGAAAUUUUGAUCAUGCUGCAAGCUUUUGCUGCUGCGUAAGGUAGCUAUUCCACUGUCAUACAUUAUUACAUAUGAAAUGAAUGAUGAAAUAUGACGCAUUAAUUCUUAUGAAAUGAAAUAAAAUUAUCUACAAAAUUGCGGUGGAAAAGCGGCCUAUGGAAUAUGCAAUUUAGUAAUUUCUGUGCAAUUUUUUCGUCAAAUUAUUUACAUACUAGAAAAGAAAUGGCAUAAUGUUCUGUAUUGUCAUAUUAGUGUCCUUAUAGAGUCGCCGCAGUGCACUCGUGAUCCAUAUAUUAUAUCCAAACUGGUCAUGUACUGUGUCGGCUGUGUGAGGACACCCGUCGCUAACCCGGGAGCUCUACAUCGGAGCCAUAGAGAUGUGACAAAACAUUUAUUCGUAUUAUACAACUAGGUUAUAAGUCUCCUUUGGAAUUGAGAGAUAUAUUGUUUUGCAUGUAACGCGAUGGACGAGAUUUUUUUUCAACGCCCACUUUUUUUUUUCUCUUUUGCUUACGCAUAAAGAUUUUUUCUAUAUAUAGUUGAUAAUGUAGAUGAGUGCCUUAGCAACUCAGUGUAAUAAGAUAAAAUAUAUCCCAUUAUAUUUUGGCCUUACAUUUACAUUGUUGUUCGCAAUGUUCAUAUACGCAUAUUUUAUACGGUCAAGUUAUUUUAAAAUAUUGCAAUUAUGUUACGCGGUAAAGACGAAAAAAAACUUUUAUACAUUUUUAAAUAAUAAUAAAUAUUAGCCGUUUUAACAAAGGCUUCGGACGAAGCAGUAUUUAUUUUGAUUAGGUCCUUGCCAUAAUGUGCAAUAAUGUGUAAUUUUGUACAAUGAGGACAACUUGAGUACAAUAUAGUACUUUUUAUUUAUUUAUUCAAAGAUGCAUUUUAUUUAUUUCGUGUGUGCAAUCACAGGAACGGAUGGACUGAUAUUUACAUCCGAUAUUUAAAACAAGGUUUUAUUAUUUUUUUGUUUUUCUUUUUUUAUUAGUUAUGCUGGAUAUUGCUGUAACAUUUCUUUUGCUGAGUUACGUCACUUUUUCAUUUGCCAUAGAAUGUUUCGAUAAGUUUUUUUUGUUCACCAUACAAUAAGCAAAGUAAUGGAAAAAGUGUGUACCAAUUAACUUACCUCUAAUUUAGUUAGUUUUAACAUAGACUGUACAUAUAAUUUAAUUUCUUAUUUUGUUCAGAUCUCUAAUAAAUAUGUAAGUCUAA